UGGGGGCGGAGGAGCAGUACCCCAACACCACAGCCUGCCUGCCUUCCUGCCACUGCCGGGCCUCGACGCCGGGACGCCGGCAUCCCACCGGGGCCGACCUUUCUGCUAGGCUGCAGCGGGCCCGUUUCCACCUCUCAACGCCUCCUAACUGCUCUCCCGACCGCCCAGGCAUGGCCACCCCACAGCUCACAGAGAGCACCAUCACGGUAGAAGGCCAAACCCUCUUCUACCGCCAAGCCCAGCCAGCUCAGCAGGCACCAAAGCUGACGGUGCUGCUGCUGCACGGCAAGGAGAUCGGCAGCAUCAUCGGCAAGAAAGGAGAGACGGUUAAGAGGAUACGAGAGCAGAGCAGCGCACGCAUCACCAUCUCAGAGGGGUCCUGCCCCGAGCGCAUCACCACCAUCACCGGCUCCACGGACGCCGUCUUCCGUGCCGUCUCCAUGAUCGCCUUCAAGUUGGAGGAGGACCUGGGAGCGGGGAGCGAUGGGGCAGCAGUAGGCAGAGCACCGGUGACGCUGCGCCUCGUCAUCCCGGCCAGCCAGUGCGGCUCACUCAUCGGCAAGGCGGGAGCUAAGAUCCGGGAGAUCCGGGAGAGCACGGGGGCGCAGGUGCAGGUGGCCGGUGACCUGCUGCCCAACUCCACCGAACGAGCCGUCACUGUCUCGGGGGUGCCGGACACCAUCAUCCAGUGCGUGAGGCAGAUCUGCGCUGUCAUCCUGGAGUCGCCUCCGAAGGGGGCCACCAUCCCCUACCACCCUGGCCUCUCCCUGGGCACCAUCCUGCUCUCUGCCAACCAGGGCUUCUCCAUGCAGGGCCAGUACAGUGGGGUCUCUCCCGCGGAGGUGACGAAACUGCAGCAGCUGUCAGGGCACACGGUCCCCUUCGCCUCCCUGGGCCACGCGCCCUCCAUGGUGCCAGGCCUGGACACCAGUUCCCAGAGCAGCUCCCAGGAGUUCCUGGUGCCCAAUGACCUCAUCGGCUGCAUCAUCGGUCGGCACGGCAGCAAGAUCAGCGAGAUCCGGCAGAUGUCGGGUGCCCACAUCAAGAUCGGGAACCAGACUGAGGGCUCUAGCGAGCGGCACGUUACCAUCACAGGGUCCCCUGUCAGCAUCACCCUGGCUCAGUACCUCAUCACAGCCUGCUUAGAGACGGCCAAAUCUACCUCCCAGGCGCCGCCGGGCCCUGGCUCCAUGGACCUCGGCGUAGGCUUCUCCCAGCCCCUCACCCCGGGCUCUGGUGCGGCGCUGCCCGCCGUCGCCCCGGCCCCCCCAGCCCUGCUGGGCACCCCCUACACCAUCUCCCUCUCCAACUUCAUCGGUCUGAAGCCGGUGUCCUUCCUGGCCCUGUCCCCGUCCUCUGUGGCGGGUCCCAACGGCGGCACCGCCACCUACACGACCAAGAUCUCGGCGGCCAACGGCACCAAGAAAGCUGACCGGCAGAAGUUCUCACCCUACUGA